AUGCUUUUCCAAAAGACCAUCCUUGCCUCCCUCUUCGCCGUCUUGGCCUUUGCCUCUGCCACCUCUGCCACUCCCUUUGGCCUCUCCAAGCGUGCUUGUGAUUACUCUUGUCCCGACAACUCUUGCAAUGACAAGUGCCAGGCUGCUGCUGGUGGCAAAGCCGUUGCCCCCAUUUGCCAGGAUGACAAAUUGACCUUGUAUUGUAGCCUAGCUAUGGGAACUAUAUCGGGUUAUUCUACUACCAAUAACUUUAAGAAUAUUGAAACCUCUGAUUAUGUUAAUUUUUUUGGCUUGGUAAUUCCUUGUAAAUCCUGGAGUAAUUUUAUAGCUGAAAUGGGAUCUAUAUUCAGAUAUUAUCAAAAAUUCGUGCAAAUUGUUACGUUUGAUAGUUUUCAACAGAAAUACUACUCUAAAUCUUUGGGAUCUUUGACACUUUUUAAUUCAGUGCUACAGAACUGUGCAAUUGUGGUUUACAAUUUAUGA